UUGUGAGACGGAGGAUGUACAAUGUAUUUGGUUUAAAUUUACAAAUCUCAUCUUAUUAACGAGUUGGUCAAAAAGAUUUUCCAAAUUAAAUUUAAUAUAAAAAUUUUAUUUAAUAUAAGAUAAGAUUAGUUCUUUCACAACUGAAUUUCAACAAAAUUUCCUGAAAAAAAAAAUAACAUACCAAAUUUAACAUACCAAAUUUAAAGCACAUCCUAAAUGCAAAGAAUGCAUUAAAUUAAAUCAUCAUUUACCCAUCCCCCCCUGCAGAGAGAACAAACAAAUUACUAAGUCUCAUGGAAUAUUUUAUUGUUAUUGACCAAUUGUCAACAUCAUUAUGGUGUCUCAUACUUAUGUUACUUGUCUAUAGCAUCAAACACAAACGUAGCACCCAAAAAUCUGAGGAACCAAAGCUCCCUCCUGGUCCAACACCUUGGCCUAUAGUAGGCAACCUCCCUGAAAUGCUUGCAAAUAGGCCAACAUUUAGAUGGAUACAAAAAAUGAUGAAUGAUCUCAACACAGAUAUUGCUUGCAUCCGUUUAGGUAACGUUCAUGUGAUUACAAUUAGUGAUCCUGAAAUUGCGCGUGAAUUAUGUAUAAAACAAGAUGCAAUUUUUGCAUCAAGACCAAGUAGUUGGUCAAAUGAGUAUGUUACUAAUGGUUAUCUAACCACAGCACUCACUCCCUUUGGAGAACAAUGGAAGAAAGUGAAGAAAGUAAUUAGCAAUGAGCUAGUUUCCCCUCUUAGACAUAAAUGGCUUCAUGAUAAGAGAGUGGAAGAAGCCGAUAACAUUGUACGUUAUGUUUAUAACAAAUGCACCAAAAUUGGUGGUGAUGGAAUUGUGAAUGUGAGUGUUGCUGCACAAUAUUAUUCAGGGAAUGUUAUUAGGAGGUUGCUUUUGAAUAAAAGGUACUUUGGAAAUGGUAGUGAAGAUUAUGGACCUGGCUUAGAGGAAAUAGAAUAUGUGGAAGCAAUUUUUACUGUUUUGCAAUACCUCUUUGCUUUUUCUGUUUCUGAUUUCAUGCCAUGUUUGAGGGGUCUUGACUUGGAUGGUCAUGAAAGGAUAAUUAAGAAGGCCUGUAAGAUCAUGAAGAAAUAUCAUGACCCUAUAAUUGAGGAUAGAAUUCAACAAUGGAAGAAUGGGAAGAAGAUAGAAAAAGAAGAUUUGCUUGAUGUUCUCAUCUCACUCAAAGAUGGUGAAAACAAUGCCAUUUUGACUGAGCACGAAAUCAAGUCUAAUAUUUUGGAAUUGAUACUUGCAGCCGUUGAUAAUCCAUCGAAUGUAGUUGAAUGGGGACUUGCUGAAUUGAUAAAUCAACCCGAGCUACUUAAAAAAGCAACUGAAGAAUUAGAUAGUGUAGUUGGAAAAGGAAGGCUUGUGCAAGAAUACGAUUUUCCCAAACUAAACUAUGUGAAGGCAUGUGCAAAAGAAGCUUUUCGUCGUCACCCAAUUUGUGAUUUCAACCUUCCCCACGUUGCAAUGAAAGACACAACUCUUGCUAAUUACUUUAUCCCAAAAGGUAGCCAUGUUUAUUUAAGGAGACAAGGACUAGGCACAAACCCUAGAAUUUGGGAAGAACCACUUAAGUUCAAUCCAGAACGACAUCUUAAGAUCGAUGGGUCUAAUUUGAAUUUGGCAGAUCCCAGUUUGGACUUGAUUACAUUUGGUACCGGAAGGCGUGGAUGUUCCGGGGUCAUGCUUGGAACUUCAAUGACCAUUAUGUUAUUUGCAAGGUUGAUCCAUGGUUUCACAUGGAGUUUGCCACCAAACCAGCCUAGUAUUGACCUCUCUGAAUCUCAUGCAGGAACCACAAAAGCUAAGCCACUUGUGGCAGUGGCAGAGCCAAGAUUAGAACCAAAGGUUUAUGGUUUAUAUUAAGUUAGUGCAUGUUUGGUAUCAUGACGGCAUCGUGAUAUUGACAAGUUCACCGCAAUACCAAACAAUCACACAAUGACCUCGCAAGGUCAUGUUUAAAAGAGUAAACUAAGGUUGCACAUUUGUCUAGGAUACAAUGUUUAGAAGUUAAGUAGUUCUCUUUCAAUAAUACAAUCUUGGAUAAUGUUAAAAAAAAAUGUUUACUGCUUAUAGAUAAUACAAUAAUAUUGGUUUA